AUGGGUACCAUUGAUACCAUCAAAGAUCCCCGUAUUCGGGUAAAAAUAUCUACAAAAUUACUUGACAUUAUUAAUGAACAUCAUACACACCUAACGGAAGUACCCAAAAAUAUUGCAGUCAUCUUGAAACCAUUGGGAAUACGUGUUAACGAAGCCGACACCACCACAACAACAGCAACAAACAAAUAUUCAGGUGUUGAUAUCAAAUUAUUAAAUGAUAUUUUGUCGAACAGUGGUGACAAGGUGACAAGUGAAAAUGAAACUGCUGCUGAAAAGACUAAAAAAUCUAAAGAAGAAAAAUCAUCGGAUUCGAAAUUAAAAGAAAUGUAUUUGUAUUUAAGUGAUCUGCGUUGGCUGAGCCAAGCUUUGGGUAAGCUGCGGUCCAAAGGUAUCGUUGAUGCGUAUUUGCAUGAGUUAUUGGAGACAUGUGCAUUGGAACUGCCCAAAAAUUCUAUAAUUGAACGGAAUCCUGAAUUGGAAGCACGUUGCCAGAAAUUACGUCAAGAACAACAGAAUUUGGAAUAUCGUAAAAUGACCAAGGAUGUUGAUGCAACGCUGAAACACUAUCCCGAGGAUACAAUUGCCUAUCAAGUGAAAGCGAUAAACAGUCAAUUGGUUGCCGUGCUGCAAUUCAUUUUUUCAGUGGCCGCGGGAUUUGCUUUUGGCUUCCUUGGUAUACAAUUAAUAGUUGGCAAUUUAGAUUUUGGCUUACGUUUACUAUUGGGUAUUAUGAUCGCUCUUAUUAUUGCUCUGGCUGAAAUCUACUUUUUGGCAAAGAAACUCAAUGAAUAUGACAAUACAACGGAAACGGUUAAUAAGGCUAUACAUAAAAUGAAAGCCAGCACUACACCGGAAGCGGCCAAAGAAAUAUUGGAAAAGAAGUUGCAUGCAGAAUAA